ACAUACGAUUCUCUCAACUAACAUUUUGCACCAAAAAAUUUCCGCAUCAGCGACGCAGACUUGGCAUCGAGGCCAGGCCGCCAAAGACACAACCAAGCGGCCAAAUGACAUGCCAAAUUACAAAGCAAACCCACAUGAAACCACGACACAAACACCAAACCCGCCAGGUCUGCACCCUGUGCCCAGCACAAAGCACCACGCUUCAUUUCGACUCUUUGCUCUCUGCUCGACCCUUGUGCUUCCAUUAUGCCUCAAUGCCAGCACGGUGCUGGACUGUGAACAAGAACAAAAUUGGGCUCUCGUAACAAGAGAUGAGUCAACUAGGAACAACAGGGCAGAACCCCGAGUCGAUUCGCAUAGCCUCUGUUAGACAGAUAGCAGGCUUGUCUACUGCCCAGGCAGCAAGCACAUCCUACCACUGGAAUCCAUUUUCC